CCAUCAGUUCAUCGCUAACCGCGGAACACAAUCCAUCAAGAACAAGAGGUCCCCGAGCGCCAACCCACACACGCACACUAUCACGCAUUCACAUUGCGCGGCAAUAACAACAUCGAUGUUUAACAACAGCAAAAUAAACUAAGACUAAGACUAAGAACAGUAAAGAAUAUAAAGCGUAGUUUCUAGUGUGAUUUGUAACAAAUUAAUUGAUAAUCAUGUCAUCGCCGAAACCCAUUCAUCACGGACACAAUCAUGAACAUAUCAAGAGGCCGAUGAAUGCGUUUAUGGUGUGGUCGCGUGGUCAGCGCCGGAAAAUGGCGCAGGAGAACCCGAAGAUGCACAAUUCGGAGAUUUCGAAGCGAUUGGGUGCUGAGUGGAAGUUGCUUUCCGAGACUGAGAAACGGCCAUUUAUUGACGAAGCUAAAAGACUCAGAGCAUUGCACAUGAAAGAACACCCGGACUACAAAUACCGCCCGCGCCGGAAACCCAAGCCACUGAUGAAGAAAGAACAAAAAUUCGGCUUCCCAAUGUCGCACAUUCAACAUCAUCACACCAACGAAUCAACAUUGUCACGUUCAUUGAUGCCGCCCAUCAGCGGAUCUGGUAGUUCGCUAAUGCCCUCGUUGAUGCCUGAUGCUGAGCAAUUAAAACUCCACCAUCGUAAUAUCUUCCCUAGUUUACCUUAUAUCUACCCAUUUCGUCAUCCGGAUGAAAAACUCGCCGAAUUCGCGCUGUUUAAUCACUUCUACCCGCCGUCACUAGCGAAUUGGCCCAUCAGUGGUCUAGCGAAUAUUAGCGCUGCAACAACCUGCAAUAUCUGUCCACCUCCAACAUCAGCGGCGGCAGUGGCAGCCGUGGCGUCGGCAACAAGCGCGUUUCCUUCACAGCGUACACCUAGCCCGGAACCGAUCAAACUACCGAUACGUGUCAUCAUGAAGAACGAUGAAUUCCGCGAGGGUGGUGGUGGUGUGCGCGAACACGUCAUAUGAAAACCGCUGCCGGUUCUUCCCGAGCGGAUGAACCUGGGCACCUGGUGGAAUGAUAUCGCUAGUCUGGCGACGUCGAGCUGCGUUAACAACGCAGUCAAGGAGCAUGCGGAGCGGAACGCGAAAAGCCCGCUAGUGGUUGAAGUUAACGACACUUUGUAAAUUAAUAAACUACAAGAACAAUUGACACUUCGAAGGAGACAUAAAUAAAAUUAAGUAAUUAAUGAAAAAAAAUGAUAGUUACACGUAUGUUAUAAGUGAGGAUAAGGAGGAUACAAAACUUUAGUGCAAUUUUAUAUUAGACUUUGUGGACAUUUUGUUUUUCGUUGAAAGAAAUUUGUAUGUAAAUAUCUUGUAUAGAAACUUUUGUUAUUUGUUCAAUUGGUUGGUAAUAAACCUUUAUUAUAAUA